AUGUACAGACUGCGCGAUCUAGACACGUCCAGUGGAAGGCAACAGCGCGAGAUUCAGCGCUUUACUGACUGGCUGUGCCACUUACAAGGGUUCGAUUAUACAGUGCUGAUAACGCGCACGCCAACUGUCGUCAAGUACUAUACCUCGCGCCGUGGGCACUCUUUGCAGCGCGCCGUACCGACGUUAAACUCGUCUUCUCCUCCUGGUCUUGCUCACGCUGUCACUGUCCCAGGCAUUCAAAACUAUGCCAUAGCCCGCCGCUGCCAUCUCCCGCCUUUUCCCCCUCCCCCCAUCGAACAGACAUCGUCGCCAUCAUGUUCGAUUUCGCCCUCUAAAUCCGUCCCAAGCGACUCUCUGAAGUCUGCUCUGGAUCGUAACAAACAAUCAAUCAACGACCCUCAGUCAGGCCGCAGCGGCAUUCACUUGCACCUUGCGACUUUUCACUCCAAAAAAAGAAAGAAAGAAAAAAACAGACUCAUUCUCUUUUGCCGCCUGACGGUACAAAAAAAAAGAGUCACAGUUUUGAAUUCUACUACGAAUUCCUCCACCAGAACACACAGCGCAGCACUGCCUGGGUCCAGUCCAGUCCAGUCGAGCCCAGCCAAGCCGAGCCGAGAGCCCAAGCCCGAAAGUACCAACCUUGCCUCCCACCCCGGCUUUUGCCCGUCCUUGGCCCUGACCCAGAAAGAUCGCCUUCUUCUCAGUGACUUUACGGAGAAGUGUCCUGUCCUUCCUACCCUGAGUGACUCUUCGUGUCAGUCAGUAUCUCCAGUCAGUCAGUCAGUCUCCGGACCUCGCUGUAUACUCAUCCUUCAUCACCAUUACCCAUCUCUUUGCCGUCUGAUUCAGUCCCCUUUUUUUCUUCUUUCUUCUUUUUUGUGUCUCCUCUGUCUGUCUAUCUAUCUACCUAUUACACUUUUACUUUGUUCAAAUUCUAUUUCUGUCACUGCUACUGUACCUACUACACUACUGUAUAUUCUCUCAUUGUCAACUGUUCCCCCUGUCAGUCCAGGCUACAGCCCGUUACAGCCCUCUAUCAGCUCCUUCGCCACACUCACUCACUCACUGUGCGUGCCUGUGACGAACUGGUUGUUAGUCAUCCUUGCCUUGCUUUGCAUUACAAUCCCACCAAAUCAGGCACAGGCUACCGCCGCGCACACUCUCUCACGCUCUCUCCGAGAUCGCCAGUUGGCUCCCGCCUACUACACGCCCCCACCGAACUUGCUCGGGCUCGCCACCGUGCAAACCGAAAAGAGUCACAUCCCACCACGCCAGGCUGUCACUCACCAUCUCGACGCCUCACGCCUCGCCCCUUAG